AACUAUUGGCAGGACUGCCUGAAAACCCAGAGUUCAAACCUCCUGGGAGUUUCUGAGACCUCAGCUGGAACCGACGGGCUGGGCUGGUCCCCUGGUGCAGGACUGGUAGCAUCAUCAUGAUAUCACAACCCAUGACCAAUGAUACCGUCAUGGUGCUCCCCCCAAAUGGCAACUUUUCCCAAACAGAGAAACCCAAGCCCACCAACCAGAGGCAAGACAGCCUGAAGAAGUGUCUAAAGGAUGAAGUCAAUGUUAUUGGGACUAUUCAGAUCUUUUGUGGCAUGGUGGUGUUGAACUUGGGAAUCAUUUUAGCAGCUGCUUUCUUCUCUCCACAUUUUACCCACGUGUCUUCUACCCUGUUGAAGUCAGGCUAUCCAUUUGCAGGACCCUUGUGUUUCAUCAUCUCUGGCUCCCUAUCCAUCAUCACGGAGAAAAAGUCAACUAAGACUUUGGUUCACAGCAGCCUGGCUGGAAGCGUUCUGAGCAUUGUGACUGCUCUAGUGGGUUUCAUUCUCCUCUCUGUCCACUUGGCUGCCCUGAGUGCUGCCUUGUUGCAGUGUGAGUUGGACACACAGAACAAGCCAACAGUAAAUUACAGUUAUCACUUUUACUAUGAUCCAUAUUCUAUGAACGGCUGCUUUAUGGCCAAAACCAGUCUGGUUGGAACUUUGUCUUUGAUGCUGAUUUGCACUGUGCUGGAGCUCUUCCUGGCUGCACUCACUGCUGUGCUUUGGUGGAAAGAGGCUCACUCUGACUUCCAUGGGACCAUGCAUUUCCUGCCUCAGAGUUGCAAGGGUAUAUCCAACACACAAACGCCUUGUGACUAUGCAUAUGAAGAACUAUUGCAUCCUUAGGAAAAAAGGGGGACAGGGAAUAUUCGUCACAAAGUUACUCUUUAUAAUAAAAUAGCAAACCUAAUCAUUAUGUAAAACUCAGAGUUUCAGUCUGCUAAAUGUAAGUUUGUUAGGCAAUAAGUAUUUUUAAAAAGUGUUUUCUUCUCGUUGAAUUUGUAUGUCGAAUGAGGGUCUCUUGAUUUGCCUGAUAUUGACAUCAGCAAAAGCCCAGAGCUAUAAAAUACCUUUUCUUAGACUGUCCUAAUAGUCACAGCUGGUGCU